GUGGCUGUGGCGAUCGUCAAGCAGAUGAGUCUCCGCACGUAACUUUGCUGCCGUUUUGCUAUUAAGCGUGUGUUUGAUCGAGCUAUCCGUGUGUGAGAGGAUCAGUAUACCGCAUAAACAUGCCGGGCGGGAAGCGAAAGAAGUUCAUCGACAAGAAGAACGCCGUAACUUUCCAACUGGUUCAUCGUAGCCAGAAGGAUCCUCUGCAGGCCGAUGAAACAGCGCCUAAGCAUGUCCUACUUGAAAAGCGAACCGGGCGACCAUUCACUGGAGACGACAGGCCAGGCCACGUUCCAGCAUCUGAUGAGAAGAGGAAAGAAGAACAGCGUAAAUUUGGUAUCUACUUCGAUGACGACUACAAUUACCUCCAACAUCUUAGAGAUGUCAACAUUGUGGCAGACUGGGAGCCAGUCAUCCAUAGGGUGCGCAUCCCAGCUGGACAGAGUGGUGACGCCAAGGCAAAAAAGGAAAUCAGACUACCUUCAUCAGUCUUUCAGUCAACUGUUGAAGAGAAAGAAGGCCUACUGAACAAAGCAGUACCACAAGUGGGACCAAGGCCUGACUGGGACCCAGAUGUUGUGGCAGCUUUAGAUGAUGAUUUUGACUUUGAAGAUGAUGAAAAUAUUCUUGAGGACGAUUUUAUACAACUUGCUGAUGGACCUGUUGACGAUGCUGCUGUUGAUGAUGAAGAGACUGAUAGUUGUGAUGAUGAGGAAGACUAUUCUGCAUCAUCUGAAGGGAGUGAAGAGCGCUUCUCUUUCACUGAAGAAGAAACACAGUCGAGGUUUACAAGCUACUCAAUGUCGUCGUCUGUGAUCCGAAGAACUGAAGGGCUCAAGACCCUCGAUGAACGCUUUGAAGAGAUGUUCAAGCAGUAUGAUGACCUGGAAGUUGGAGCGCUAGACGGCGAGGAGAUUGAAGGCUAUGUCCAACCUGACAGUGAGAUUAUGAAGGCUCUAGUAGCGGAUUUUCAGCACAUGAAACAGCUUCCGACGUUGAAAGAGGUGACGUUAGACAAAGGGAGUGCCAGGAGUGCUGUGAACAUGGCUGCCAUUAAAGAGGAAGAUGAUGAAAUGGUAGACAUGCAAAUCAGCUCUGAUGCACCCAAGGAACGUUGGGACUGCGAGUCCAUCAUAAGUACCUAUUCAAACCUUUACAACCAUCCAAAACUUAUUACAGAACCAAAGAAGGAAAAGGUAAAGGUGUCGGCAAGAACAGGCAUUCCCAUUAAAGAAAAAGGAGGCCUGAGUCGCCAGGGACUGAAGCAGUUGGACCGCGAGUUUGAAAGCAGCUCCGACGAAGAAUUGCGGUCACGAACAUCAGUGGCAUCCAGCAUCCGUCCAAAGGACGAGACCCCCGAGCAGCGAAGGGAGCGAAAGGCUGCAGUGCGAGCCAUGCGACGCGAACGCAGGGCCGAAAAGAAGGCCAACUCGGAAGCCUUCAAGGCCGAAAUGCUUAGACAAGAGAGGAUGAUGGCCAACGUGCGCCAGAACCUCAAUUCUAUGCGGCUUUAUUGAGCUCAAAUAAAAACAGGAUUUUUGUACAGGAAGAGGCAACUUGGCCAAUGUGCGAGUUGCACAAUAAAACUACCCAUUUCAACCUC